GACUGUUCUAUCACAAUCCCAAGGUCAGUCACCCAAUCGAAAAUCAGAAACCGUACUCAACUCGGUCAGUACGCGAUCCUCGACGAAGCCACUUCUCUUGUCCCGGAAGAGAUGGAGGGCAAGAUGAUGCAACAUGCCACUAGAUUGGGCAUCACUCUGUUGACCGUGUCGCACCGGCCAUCGCUCUGGAAGUACCACAGUCUUAUCUUGAGCUACGAUGGAAUGGGUGGCUAUGUCUUCACCAAGCUCGACGCCGAGAAGAGGUUGGCCCUUCAAGAAGAGAAACAAGCAUUGGAGGCUAAGCUCCUCGAGAUUCCCAAGUUGGCAGCCAGAUUAGAGGAGUUGAAGAAAUUAGCUGAGAAUCGUUAGUCGGUACUUGGCGGUGUUGAUGGAGUCCGGACCGGAUGUACCGGCGGGUCACUUUUGUAGCUUAUGUCGCUGUGUAUGACGUGAUGACUCGGCUCCGUAAACCCCCGAGUGGAGACCUGACAAAAAUUGAUCUGUUGACAGGGCACCUUUUCCCUUAGAAUCACCUGCCGCGGCACUUUUGUACUAUCUCUCUCUCUUCGU